UGAAAGUUCAGAUUAAUCUGUCUUCGCAAUAACGUGAACUGCAAAGCUGUUUGGGGCGACAAUUUUACGAGGCAAAAGCGACAAAUCCCGUGAGAAGUUUGCUGAAGUUCAAUUGGUACAAUUUGGUGGCUCCGGACUUGAUCUCAUUUCAAGACAGGUAUAAAUAUCUACAAUCUUAUUGACACCAGCAUCAGUUUACCUGCAUCCACCAAAUAACCAACAUCGCCACUGUUAUUGUUAAAAAACAUCCUCCUCCUUCACCAUGAACUCAAUGACUAUCUUGGCUUGUAUCAGUGCGGCCAUCUUGGUCAACUUGAGUUCCGCUCAACAUCCUGGAGCUGGUGCCCCCCAUCAUGGUGGAGUGAAGGGCCAUCACGAUGGUCCAGCCCAUUACAACUAUGCCUAUGCUGUUCAAGAUGACUACUCGGGAUCCAAUUUCGGACAGAGCGAACAACGCGAUGGUUACUCAACCAGCGGCCAAUACCACGUGGCCUUGCCCGACGGCCGCAUCCAAACCGUGACCUACACCGUGGCUGAUCAAUACUCUGGCUACGUGGCUGAUGUUUCCUACUCGGGUCAAGCCAAGUAUGGGCCUUCGCAUGGACCCUCUCAUGGACAUGCUCAUUCCGCUAGCACUGUAUAAGUCAUGCAUAUUUAGUGGAUGCCACUUACGAUUAUUUAUGCCCUUAUUUUUGGAUUUACCAAUUUUUACCCAUGAUCGCCAUACUAAUUUGAGAUUGAAUUGAACAUAAAAAUCAACCC